AGUCGCACUGUGGGGCGGGACGAGGGGGAGGGCGUGCCUAUGUGAAUUACCGUCCCAUUGGUACGCAAGCCAAAGGGCCCUGUAAACUUGUGGACGAUUGGACGGAUUUGUAGUGGCGCCGAGUCGCUACCUGAUUUGACAUUUGUUUUUCGGUUGGCUUCCCUGACGUUGAGUCUUGGAGUGCUGUUAUUUUGACAAGAGGCAAGUUGGCCCAAUUUGGAGAAAUUUUGUGGAAUGAGUAAAUAUUUAUUGAGCACCUACUCUGAGCCAGGCACUGCAUUAGUAACUAGGAAUACAGCAGUGAACAAAACAGGUAAAAAUCCCUUCCCUUAGUGAGUUUGCACAAUCCAAUGUGGAGAGACAGACAAUAAAUAAAUAAAAUAUUUCAAUCUGCCCCUAGAUCUAAGGAAAGAAAAUUAAAAAAAUAAUGUCAGAUUGCAAUCAGUGUUAUGGAGAAAAGUAAAGCAGAAAAGGUGGAUGAGGAUGCUAGAGUGAUCAGGGAAGACUUCAUCAAGAAAGGGACUGUUGAGCCCUGAAGGAGGAGAAGGAGCAAGCCCCAUAGGUAAAUGGAGAAAGAACAUCACAGGCAAAGAGAACUGCAGGUGCAGUGGCUCUGAAGUAGACAUUUGCCUUGCAUGUUUGAAGAACAGCAAGGAGGCCAGUGUUUUUGGAGCAGUGAACAAAGGUGUGAGAAAGACAGCAUGAACUUUACCCCAGUACAUACCCCUGUCUGCAGAAAGCUAACAAGUGUCUCCAAGCACAGUGUUGCCUCUGGCAUCAGUGGUGCCACCAAGUGGAGGGAAAUGGCAGAGUCAAUGGAGUCUACUCCCUUGCCUUCCCUUGAAGAUCGUCUGGCCAUCCUCUGCCCUUCUCAGGAGCUUCUGGAAUAUUAUCAAAAGAAGAUGGCUGAGUGUGAGGCAGAAAAUGAGGAGCUGUUGAUAAAACUGGAACUCUACAAAGAAGCUUGUGAAGGACAGCAUAAACUUGAAUGGGAUUUGCAGCAGAGGGAGGAAGAGAUUGCUGAAUUGCAGAAGGCACUAAGUGAUAUGCAAGUCUGCCUCUUCCAAGAACGGGAACAUGUUUUACGCCUGUAUUCAGAAAAUGACCGACUAAGAAUCAGGGAGCUAGAAGACAAGAAAAAGAUUCAGAAUCUCUUGGCUCUUGUGGGAACAGACACUGGAGAAGUGACCUAUUUUUAUAAGGAGCCUCCACACAAAGUCAGCAUUCUUCAAAAGACUAUCCAGGCUGUAGAUGUAUGUGAACAGAAUGAAUCUUCAGCUUUCAAAACAGAUCCUAAAGUAAGCAAAAAAAGACCAGCAAUGAGAGAGAGGGAAGAAAGUUCUGAGCAUUACCAAAGAGACAUACAGACACUCAUCCUACAGGUGGAAGCACUGCAGGCUCAGCUGGGAGAGCAGACCAGGCUCUCUAGAGAACACGUCGAAGGACUCAUGGAGGACAGACAGAUUCGCAUUGAGGAAAUACAAGUUCAGCACCAGAGAAAUCAGGACAAAAUCAAAGAGCUAACCAAAAGUCUCCAUUACACCCAAAAACUGCUCUAUGAGAGCACCAAAGAUUUUUUACAACUCAAAUUUGAAAACCAAAAUAAAGAGAAGUCAUGGAUGCUUGAAAAGGAUCAUUUGAUGUCAAAGAUUAAGCAAUAUAGGGUACAGUAUAAGAGGAAAGAAGAUAAAAUUGGAAAAGUUUUGCCAGUUAUGCACGAGAGUCAUCGUACCCAAAAUGAAUAUAUUAAGUCCCUAAAGGAUAAGUUAACACAAGAGAAAAAGCUGUCUAACAUGUAUCAAGAGCAGUGCAUUUCCCUAGAAGAAGAACUUGCCCGAAUUCGUGAGGAAGAGGGAAUGCGGAGAGAGAUCUUUAAGGACCGCACUAACAAGAUGGGGAAGCGUUUACAAAUAAUGACAAAACGCUAUGAGGCCUUGGAGCAUCGGCGUAUCUUGGAAGUAGAAGGCUUUAAGACAGAUAUUAAGGCUCUCCGACAGAAACUGAAAGACUUGGAGCAAAUGCUGUAUAAGGCAACGGUUAAUGCUCGGGCAAACCAGGAUCUUGCCAUUCUUUGUGAGGUCCGUGACAGCAAUAGACGGGCACAUAAGAUACAAGGAGAACUAAAGAACCUUAAGUCCAAAGUGUUUGGUCUGGAGAAUGAACUUAGACUCUGUUGAUGUCUCCUUUUGGAAAUGGCCCCCAUUUGGAAGAGGGUCUGCUUCCUGAAAUCUGAGAAAAAUGAUAUCUUCUAGAAAGUUUAGACCUAGAGUGGGCUAGAGUAGUGGGAUACAUUAUAUUAUAAAGACAGAGUGAGGAAUCAAGGACCACUAAGAAAGCUUUCCUUGCACACUAAGCUUUAUUUACAAUUUCUGCUGUCCAGUUAGCUCGCGGGGGUUGGGGAAACCUGGCUUAAAGGCUUUCAUUAUUUCUCCUGUUUAUAUUAACAGGUUUUUGCUUUUUUAAGAAGACGAUGAUGAAAACUUAGGAAGAAAGUAUUUUUCUAUUAGCUUGGCUGAGUGUCAGUCUCUUUACUUUCCGUAAAGAGAUAAAGGCACUCACUGAGGUUGUCUUUCUCCUAAGCAGAGGGAAAAGGCAGCACUUCUUAACUUGUAAAAUUUGCAUGGGCGGUGCUUAUGCAAUUUACCCUUUUUCAGUCAUGAGCAUGUCCUGAAUUACCUGGCUGGACAGUCUCAUAAAGUUUCGCCAGAGGGUGCUAGAGAUCCUACUCUUCAACAUAUUGCUCACCUAGAAAAGCAAAGGUGCCACUUGGCAAGAGUGAGUGAAAUCGAAAUGAUACUUGUAUGAAAAGUUUAACAUUUUAUCAAUAACAUGGCAUUUUUUAAAACAAUGUGUAUAUUCUAACUAUUUUCAAUAAAUUAUGUAAUUGGAAAUAUUCUAUUCACUUUUUCUAUAAUUUCUUACUAAAACCACAUUUAUAUUUUGUUAAUGACCUGUUCAUCUCCAUUUACUUCCUUGUCCUGUGAACACUGCAGUAUACAAGUUUUUCUAAGUGAUUCCUUUGAAAUCAUCUGCUAUUGGAGACAGCAAGGGUAGUGUAAUACAAAGGUGAUGGCACUAAAACUUUAUCCACUUUUGGGCAGAUUACUAUGCAUUUGCAGCAAAAUAAUUGUUUACCUGGAUAGCCUCUGGGAAGCAAGUUGGUCUUAGCUUAGCGUAGCAUCAUUCUGAUUUACUCAGGGCAUAGGAAAUAACUCAGGUUUUCAUUUUUUUGUUGAGGAAAGUAGUGAUUAUACUGCCAGCAGGAGAUGUUACCUAUGAUAGCAGAUCCAUUUUUUUCGUGGAUAAGUUGGAACAGAUACCUCUGGAGGGCCCCAGUCCCAGGCCUUAGAGAGAUUUACAUAAGUGGAUGGUUCUUCGUUUUAUCCUAAUACUUAGCAAAUUGGCUUUUCACAACUGUUCCGUUUUUUGUUGCUGGCAAAGCAAAAAGGCUUAUUAAAUCAGAGAAAUUUUGGAGUAAGAAGGAAUCUUAAAUAUCAUAUAAUCCAGCUUAUUUAUUUUAUAUAUUACUGAAGUCUACCAUCAUUGAC